AUGUCUGAAGUUUUGCCUCGUUGCUCGGACUUGCAGUGUGGGACGGAGUGUUCAUCAGGUCUCAAAUGUCCGAUUUGCUUGAAACAAGGCAUCAACCAGCCGUUCUGUGAUGAAGACUGUUACAAAAAUAGUUACAAAGCACACAAAUCACUGCAUUGGAAAGAUGACAAACCAGAUGCCUAUGAUCCGUUCCCAAAGUUUAAAUACAGCGGCAACUUAAGAGCUUCUUAUCCAUUAACGCCCAAGAGGCUCAUUCCAGAGGGUAUAGAAUUACCCGAAUGGGCUGAAGAUGGCCUUCCUCGGCAAGAACAGCGGAACGACACGACAAAUAAAAUCAUCGUGUACUCCAAAGACGAAAUUAAGAAAAUUCGCAAGGCCUGUAUGAUGGCCAGAGAAGUCUUGGAUAUAACGGCAGCAGCCAUCAAGCCUGGUGUCAAAACCGAUGAGCUUGAUCGCAUCACUCACGAGGAGACUGUCAAGCGUGGGGCGUACCCUUCACCUUUGAACUACUACAAUUUCCCUAAAUCUCUUUGCACCUCGGUCAAUGAGAUCGUGUGCCAUGGUAUCCCAGAUCAAACUGUUUUGAAAGAAGGUGACAUCAUCAACCUUGAUGUUUCCCUGUAUGUUCAAGGUGUGCACGCAGAUCUCAAUGAAACUUACUAUGUAGGAGAGAACAUUUCUAAAGAGGCUAUCAAUACGGUUGAAACUUCCAGAGAAUGUUUGAAGGCGGCCAUUAAGCAUUGUAAACCAGGUACAACCUUCCAAGAGUUGGGUGACUAUAUUGAAAAACACGCUAAGGAUAACAAAUGUUCUGUGGUAAGAACCUACUGCGGCCACGGAGUCGGCAAAUUCUUUCAUUGCGCCCCAAGCAUUCCUCACUAUGCAGGAAAUCGUACUUCAGGUGUUAUGAAGCCCGGGAUGGUUUUCACCGUUGAGCCCAUGAUUAAUGAGGGUACAUGGCACGACGCAAGCUGGCCAGACGAUUGGACAUCUUCUACCAAAGACGGGAAAUUGAGCGCUCAGUUUGAGCACACCAUGCUUGUAACUGAGCAUGGAGUCGAAAUUUUGACAGCCAGAAAUAAGAAAUCUCCAGGUGGACCUAGAUCCAGAAAAAAGUAG